AUGAGUGACAUAGACCACCUACGACUAGAGGCAGAGGAACUACUGCUACAUAUCCAGGAGGCCAGAAAAGUCAACUGCGACUCCACCCUGUCCCAGAUCUCUGCAGGUCUGGACCCAGUGGGUCGUAUCCAGUUGAGAACCAGGAGGACUCUGAGAGGACAUCUGGCCAAGAUCUAUGCCAUGCACUGGGGUUGCGACGCCAGGUUGCUUGUCAGUGCUUCUCAGGAUGGCAAGUUAAUAAUCUGGGACAGCUACACCACAAACAAGAUCCAUGCCAUCCCUCUACGCUCCUCGUGGGUGAUGACGUGUGCGUAUGCCCCUUCUGGUAACUACGUGGCGUGCGGGGGCCUGGACAACAUUUGCUCCAUCUACAGCCUCAAGACCCGCGAGGGGAAUGUGCGCGUAUCCAGGGAGCUUGCCGGACACACUGGUUAUUUAUCUUGCUGCCGUUUCAUUGAUGACACGCAGGUCAUCACCAGCUCAGGAGAUACCACCUGUGCGCUGUGGGACAUCGAGAUGGGUGUGUGUAUUGUAAGUUUCCCCGGCCACAGUGGGGACGUGAUGAGCCUGGCAUUGAGUCCCGAUCGCAGCAUCUUCGUGUCGGGGGCCUGUGACGCCUCCUCGCGCGUCUGGGACAUCCGUGACGGCAUAUGCAGACAACACUUCAACACACACCUCUCAGACAUCAACGCUGUGGUGUUCUUCCCCAAUGGUAAUGGCUUUGCAACAGGCUCUGAUGAUGCCACCUGCAGACUGUUUGACCUGCGAGCUGACCAGGAGCUGAAGAUUUAUCAGCAUGACAACAUAAUCUGUGGCCUCACUUCUGUGGCCUUCUCCAAGAGUGGACGGCUGGUGAUCGCUGGAUACGAUGACUUCAACUGCAACAUCUGGGAUGUGCUGAAGGGAGAGAGAUCAGGUGUCAUGACAGGUCAUGAUAACCGCGUGUCGUGUCUGGGCGUGACUCCUGAUGGCAUGGCGGUGGCUACGGGAUCAUGGGAUAGCUUCCUCCGCAUCUGGAACUGA